CAGGUUUCUUUAGACAAUGAAACUACCAAAAUCAGGGGAAAGUUGAACAACAAAAUCUUCUCCAUGGCGUCGUUUACCACUGUAGCAAAUUUCUACACUGAAACUGUGUGCUUCAUAAUUUAGGUUGUGACUUGCAUUCAGUAGUAGUGAGUGGAGUUUGUAGCGGAAAGGGAAAGAAGGGUUUUGGGAAGGGAAGAAGAAUGAGCCAUUCGGACAUGGAGGAGGAAGAGGCCCCAGACGUUAUCUGUGAGCUCGAAAACGUUCAAGGCUUAGUAGACGCCCUCACCGCCGUUCGCUGGAAGCGCCACCAGGAUGCUGUGUUGGAGUUGUCGGAACACGGCAUCGUUUUGAUCGUCGAAGAAAGCAGUUGCCUCCAAGCCAAGGUUUAUCUCAAACGAGAGCUUUUCGUUCGCUACGAUUACAAGUCACGAGGACGACCUCGUUUUGGAGUGAGUUUGGGACAUUUCGUUGAUUGCUUGAACGCCUUUUCACUUCCUGGUCAAUCUAGCGUUAUUCAGAUUCAAUAUCCAGGUCCUGAUAUGCAGCUUCUUCUCAAGUGUGUAACUAACUAUUCCCUUUCCACAUACAUGGGUGGGAGAAGAAAGAUUACUAAGUUUCUGGUGUAG